GAGUACGAGUAGAGUAGGCUACUCUACCUACCUACUCUAAUUGUGUACGAACGUCAUGCCAUGGCUUGAUGAGCGGUCGGGAGCAUACGACUGCCUUAGCCUGCUUGCUUGCUUGCUGCUCUGCUCUGCUCUGCUCUGCUCUGCUCUGCUCUGCUCUGUGCUAGCUAGUUUCAAGAUGGCCGGCACCUGUAUACAAUACCUACCUAAAUAGCUAGCCAGCCACACGGAACACGAAACACGCGGGCUCUCUCAGUCUCUCGUUCUCUUGGAAGUGGAGGCAGAGCCAGAGCCAGUGAGACAGGCUGAGCUAAGGUUCUCCUCCCACGUGCUGCGUGUUGCUUGCAACUUCCCCUGGGACUAGUGGCUAGUAGCCAGUCGCUUU